GACAGCAUAAAGUGCGGGUGCGCUCUGUAACUUCAACUGACAGCUGCAAAAUCCGAAGAGGAGAUAUCGUCUAACUUGUGGAGUCACGCCGAAACGUUGCCAAAAUGGAGUGGACCGCGAUGGAGAUUAACCCCGAGAUGCUGAACAAGCUAAUGAGCUCCCUUGGCGUGGGCGAAGGCUGGCGCUUCGUGGAUGUGGUGGGGCUGGAGGGUGAGCAACUCUCCAACGUCCCGACACCAUGCUGUGCCUUGAUGCUGCUCUUCCCAUUGACACAACAGCAUGAGUCUUUCAGACAGCAGCAGGCAGACAAAGUUGCAGAAGACAAUGAGGUUUAUUUCCUGAAGCAGACAGGAUCCAACUCCUGUGGCACCAUCGCUCUGCUGCAUGCUGUGGCUAACAACAAAAGCAAACAGAGCUUUGAUAACAGCUCUAUACUGAAAAAGUUCCUUGAUGAGACUGCAAACAUGUCUCCUGAUGACCGUGCCAAGCAUCUGGAGAAGAACCAGGCAAUCCGUGAUGCUCACAACGAGGUUGCACAGCAAGGCCAAUGUAGGCCAGAAGCCGAUAAAGUCAACUUCCAUUUUAUUACCUUUGCCAAUGUGAAUGGACAGCUCUAUGAAUUUGAUGGGAAAAUGAAUGGACCAGUGAAGCAUGGGGCAACCAAAGAUGACUCAUUUGUAACGGAUGCCGCCAAAGUGUGCCGUGGAUUCAUGGAGAGAGAGCAAGGCGAGGUCCGUUUCUCUGCUGUGGCACUUUGUCAAAGUUAGAUAUUCAGUAGAAGAAACAAGAACAAACUGUAAACCAAAAUGUCCUGGAGCAUUUACAUUACAAACACAAUCAGUAAGCAUCCAUAAUGACCUGUGAGAAAACACAUCUGCACACACUAUGCACUAUAAAGCACAUGCUGUUUCCACACACUGUACUCUCAUCUCCUGAACAAAGCAUUCUUUAGCACAUGUACACACAAACACGACCGCACCAUCAAAGCCUUUUUGUUCUGCUGACACAAACCGAUACAUGCUUGUCCAAACCUUUUAUGUGUCAUCGUUCAGCAGUGAAAAUUGUAAAACACAGGGCCAGAUCUCACUACGGCUUGUGUGCAUGUGUGUACUACUGCAUUUGUCUUUUUUAUUUUUUAGUUUGCAGUUCUCUGUGCAUUUGAUUUAAACUCAGAAAAGUUUCUUAGAACCUUUUGUGCCAAUAGAGGAAUAGAAGAUUUGAGAAAAGGGCCCCUGAAAUGCCUUUAGUUGCUGUGUGAUUGGGUUUAUAAAGAUCUGACAUUCCUCAGAACAGCCCAAAUGUAUCCGUAGGAAUAAUUUAACCAUUGUUCGAAAUUUGAGUGGUGUUCUCUUGCUUCAAUCUGCCAUUUCUCUGAAAAACUAGUUUUGUUUGAGAAUUUUGAAUAGGAUAGUGUUUGUUUUAUUUUUGAUUAAUUGACUAAUAAAAACGUGUUUGCACUUUAUUUGAAAAUGGCUUUUAGUUAACCAUCUACAGUUCCUUAGUAGUCAAAAGCACUCAAAAAGAGGGACCAUAAAAAUAAAGUGCUCCUCUGUGCUGGGUUGUUGUCGUUGUGCAGUGCAGGGUGAUUGUACUGUAUGUCUAUGCUGUGCACCAAUUGUUUACCUUUCUGCACUUUGCAAAUAUGUUGCUGUAGUUCUACUGGUGAUGCAGCUGUUGGAAUUCAAUAAAGCAACCAUUAAACUUC